AUGGUUGCCUUUAAGUUCAACUUUAAGGGCAAUUGUCCUCUGUUAAGUGCUGUGCUUAAGAUAUUGUUCCCAGCACCAAGUGUCAUAGGCCAAAAACAGGGUAACGUAGCAGACUACCAGGGCCACGCAGCAGACUACCAGGGCCACGCAGCAGACUACCAGGGUCACGCAGCAGACUACCAGGGCCACGCAGCAGACUACCAGGGCCACGCAGCAGACUACCAGGGCCACGUAGCAGACUACCAGGGCCACGUAGCAGACUACCAGGGCCACGUAGCAGACUACCAGGGCCACGUAGCAGACUACCAGGGCCACGUAGCAGACUACCAGGGCCAAGCAACAGACUACCAGGGCCACGUAGCAGACUACCAGGGCCAAGCAACAGACUACCAGGGCCAAGCAACAGACUACCAGGGCCACGCAGCAGACUACCAGGGCCACGUAGCGGACUACCAGGGCCACGCAGCGGACUACCGCGGUAACGUAGGCAACUUCUAGGGUCACAUACAGUAAGAAGCCUGGAACAGUA